AUGUGCCACUUUUCAGGUCUCCUCACAGACUGCUGGUGGGUUCCAUUUUGUCAUAGGGUGCUGGCAGAUUACGGGCCUCCCUAUUGCUGCUGCCAGGCCCCGUAAUCUGCCAUGGGCCCCUGUACCGCCUCCUCAUGCUGCUGCCAGGUCCAGAAGUGUCUCAUGGGUCCCUGUACGGCCUCCCAUUGCUGCUGUCUCCAUCGCCACACUCUGCCAUGUGCCACUUUCAGGUCUCCUCACACUGCUGGUGGGUUCCAUUUUGUCAUAGGGUGCUGUAUGGCCUCCCAUUCCUGCUGCCUCCACCGCCACACUGUGGCCCACACUCUGGUUUAUUGGCCCCGUGACUGCCCAAAUGAGUGAAGUGUGCUGGUGAUUCUAAGAUCGACGGCACUCAUCUGCAUGUCAUACUGACUGACAGUAUUAUUUCUCUUCCCCAGCAGACUCCCAAGGGCAUUUAAAUUAAAGGUACAGUGUUCUGCACUAAUAUAA